AUGAAUCAACUGAGCACAAUGAAGUUGACACUUGAGGAUGAGUUGCAAGCUUUACUGUUGAUGAAACAGGCACAGAGUCGCCAGAAGAGCUAUUAUGGUCACAAGCAUCGACCUCUGGAGUUUGCAGAGGGUGAGCAUGCCUUUGUGAGGUUGUCACCUGUGACAGGUGUGGGGCGUGCUCAUGGAGUAAGAAAGCUAAGUCCCAGGUUUAUCGAUCUCUAUCAGGUAAUAGAAAGGGUGGGACCGGUUGCUUAUCAGCUUGCCUUGCCUCCACAAUUAUCCGGCAUUCAUGAUGUAUUCCACGUGUCUCAGCUUCGGAGAUACAUUCGGGAUGAAUCUCAUGUUGUACAGCCUGACGAGGUUCAGAUACAGGAUAAUCUUAAGACUCCUACAAUGUCUUCUUCUUCAUCCUCGAAUCAUCGAUGGGUCUACGACGUGUUCCUGAACUUCAGAGGGGAAGACACUCGUGACAACAUCGUUUCUCAUCUCUACGCUUCACUUUCAAAUGCUGGAAUCAACACUUACAUCGAUGACGAGCUUCCCAAGGGGAAAAAGCUGGAAUCUGAACUAUUUCGAGCAAUAAAAAAGUCUCAGAUAGCUUUGGUUGUUUUCUCCGAAAGAUAUUCGGAAUCUAGUUGGUGUCUUAUGGAGCUCGAACAAAUAAUGGAGCGUUACCAAAGACGUCGCCAGGUGGUUGUGCCCAUAUUUUACGGUGUUGACCCAUCGGUUGUACGUAAACAGACGGGUGAAUUUGGAGAAGUACUGGAAAAACUUGCAAAACAAAAAAAGUUGUCAGGUACAACGUUGGAUAAAGUGGUGCGGGGAUGGAGGAGGGCACUCACCCGAAUUGCAAAUUUGUCUGGUUGGGACAUGAAGAAUUGCAGGAGUGAAGCUGAACUAGUGAAGAAAAUUGUUCACGACGUUUUGUCAAAAUUAGACAACGGAUUAUUGUCUAUUACCGAUUUUCCCGUUGGAUUAGAAUCUCGUUUGCAAGAAGUGAUUGGGUUAAUUGAAAAUCAAUCAAGCAAAGUUUGUAUGGUAGGGAUCUGGGGUAUGGGUGGAUCGGGCAAAACCACCACAGCCAAAGCCAUCUACAAUAAAACUCAUCGCAAAUUUGUGCAUAAAAGUUUCAUUGAAAAUAUCAGAGAAGUUUGUGAAAGAGAUAGCAGAGGGCACAUUGAUUUACAGCAACAACUUCUUUCUGAUGUCCUGAAAGCAAAAGUUGAAAUACACAGCAUUGCGAUGGGGACAACAAUGAUCGAAAAGAGACUUUGUGGAAGAAGGGCACUCUUUGUAUUUGAUGAUGUGACCAAGUUUGAGCAAUUAAAAGCCCUUUGUGGACAUCGUAAGUGGAUUGGUAAAGGAAGUGUGAUAAUCAUUACAACUAGAGAUAUGCGCCUACUUACAGAACUUAAAGUUGACUGUGUUUGUAGAAUGAAGGAAAUGGACAAAAAUGAGUCACUUGAGCUCUUUAGUUGGCAUGCUUUUGGACAAGCAAGUCCAGUAAAAUACUUCACUGAACUCUCACAAAAUGUGGUUGCUUACUGUGGAGGACUACCACUAGCUCUUGAAGUCCUUGGAUCUUACUUAUAUGAGAGGACAAAACAAGAAUGGGAAAGUGUAUUAUCAAAACUGGAAAUAAUUCCCAAUGAUCAAGUUCAAGAGAAAUUAAGAAUAAGCUUUGAUGGUUUAGGGGACCAGAUGGAAAAGGAUAUAUUUCUUGAUAUAUGUUGUUUCUUUAUUGGUAAAGACAGAUCAUACGUUACAGAGAUACUAAAUGGUUGUGGACUUCAUGCUGAUAUUGGAAUAACAGUGUUGAUAGAAAGGAGCCUCAUAAAAGUUGAAAAGAAUAACAAGCUUGGAAUGCAUGAUUUGCUACGUGACAUGGGAAGAGAAAUUGUUCGUCAAACUUCACCUGAAGAACCGGAGGAACGCAGUCGAUUGUGGGUUCAUGAGGAUGUACUUGAUGUAUUGACACAGCAUACUGGAACACAGGCUAUUCAGGGAUUGGCUUUUAAGUUGCAAGGAACUAGUAGAGUUUGCUUCCAUACCAAAGCAUUUGAGAAAAUGAAGAGACUGAGACUUCUGCAACUUGAUUGUGUAAAACUUGAUGGAGAUUAUGAGUAUCUUUCCAAACUCCUUAGAUGGGUCUGUUGGCAAAGAUUUCCUUUAAAAUACAUACCUGACAACUUUUAUUUGGGAAAAGCAGUUGCUAUCAACUUAAAACACAGUAAUCUUUACCAAGUAUGGAAGGAGCCCCAGUUGUUGGAGGGGUUAAAAUUCCUCAAUCUUAGUCAUUCCAGGUACUUGACAAACACCCCUGAUUUUUCAAAACUACCGAAUCUUGAAAAACUCAUUCUCAAAGAUUGUACAAGCUUGUCCGAGGUACACCAAUCCAUUGGAGAUCUAAGUAAACUUCUUCUGAUAAAUUUGAAGGAUUGUAAAAGCCUUAGUAAUCUCCCAAGGAGGAUCUAUGAGUUGAAAUCUGUGAAAACUCUCAUACUUUCUGGUUGUUCAAAGAUUGACAAGUUAGAAGAAGAUAUAGUGCAGAUGGAAUCCUUGACAACUCUGAUUGCAAACAAUACUGCUGUAAAACAGGUGCCCUUUUCAAUAAUAAGAUCCAAAAGCGUUGGAUAUAUUUCUCUAUGUGGAUAUGAAGGAUUAACACGUGAUGUGUUUCCUUCUCUCAUAUGGUCUUGGAUGUCACCAACAAUGAAUCCCCUAUCCAGCAUUCCACCAUUUAGGGGCAUGUCAUCGUCUCUAGUUUCCAUGAAUCUACAUAUUAAUAAUUUGGGCUCUCUAUCACCAAUGCUUAAGAACCUUUCAAAACUUCGAUGUGUUUGUGUGAAUUGCAUCUCGGAGUUUCAAUUAACUCAAGGAUUGCGAAGAAUUCUAGAUGACCUAUGUGAUGUAAAUUUUCCUGAAAUGGAAACAACAUCAUAUGCAUCCCAAAUUUCAAAUCUUUCAUUGAGAUCGCUUUUAAUUGGAAUGGGAAGUUGCCAUAUGGUCAUGGAUACCCUUGGCAAGAGCAUAUCACAGGGAUUGACAAACAAUGGUUCUAGUGAUUACUUCCUUCCGGGUGAUAAUUGUCCAAAUUGGUUAGCCUAUACAGCUGAAGGACAUUCAGUGUUUUUUCAAGUGCCUGAGGAUAGUGAUCGUCCCAUAAAGGGAAUGAUUUUAUGUGUUAUAUAUUCAUCAACCACUGAAAACAAGGGUGUUGAAUGUCUUAUUAGCGUCUUGAUCAUUAAUUACACAAAGUGCACUAUCCAUGUAUACAAGCGAGACACAGCAAUGUCCUUUAAUGAUGAAGAUUGGCAGGGUGUAAAAUCAAAUCUAGGAGCAGGUGACAAUGUGGAGAUUUUUGUAGCUUUUAGGCAUGGAGUGAUUGUUAAGAAGACAGCUGUAUAUCUAAUAUAUGGCCAGUCAAUUGUGAAAAUUGAGCAAUCAAUUCGGAUGGAAAUAGAACCAUCACCUAAAGUGAAAAGGGAGCCAUCACUGAUGUCAAAUAAAAAUAUCUUCACAAUACUUACAAAGAGAAUGAGAGAAUGUUUAUGCUUGAACCGGAAUUGA